GCUGCCCUGACAAAAGAGCUGAAUGCCUGCAGGGAGCAGCUUUUGGAGAAAGAAGAGGAAAUUUCCGAACUGAAAGCAGAGAGGAACAAUACCAGAUUAUUACUGGAACAUCUGGAAUGCCUUGUGUCGAGACAUGAGCGAUCCCUGCGGAUGACAGUGGUGAAGCGACAAGCACAAUCUCCAUCAGGCGUUUCCAGUGAAGUGGAAGUCUUGAAAGCCCUAAAAUCACUGUUUGAACAUCAUAAAGCUUUAGAUGAAAAGGUUCGAGAACGUCUCCGUGUGGCACUAGAGCGGGUGUCAACACUGGAAGAUCAGCUGUCUGUUACCAACCAAGAGAUGACCAUACUGAAACAACAGACUUCACACGCUCAGAGGAAGACAACAACUGGAGAGAGCUCUGAGCUAGAAUUGAGAGAUAGCACAGAACUUAACCAGAAGACAACCUGGAAGCGGCUUUCAAAUGGUUCUAUUGAUGCAAACGAUGAGGUCAGUCGGGUGGUGGAGUUGCAGGAGCUUCUGGAGAAGCAGAACUUUGAGACGGCACAAGUGAAAGAGCGUGUGUCCAUGCUGUCAGCCCGCGUGGUGGAACUGGAGGAAGAUCUGGACACAGCCAGAAAAGAUCUCAUUCGGUCAGAGGAGAUGAACAAUAAGUUCCAGAGAGACAUUCGCGAGGCUAUGGCCCAGAAGGAUGAUAUGGAAGAGAGAAUUACCACACUUGAAAAGCGCUACUUGUCUGCACAGAGAGAGUCCACCUCCUUACACGACCUUAAUGACAAACUGGAAAAUGAGCUUGCAAAUAAGGAUUCUCUCUACCGCCAGAGUGAAGAGAAAAGCCGACAUAUCCAGGAGUUGCUGGAGCUGGCGGAGCAGAAACUGCAACAGACGAUGAGGAAAGCCGAGACCUUGCCUGAGAUCGAGGCUGAACUCGCACAAAGAGUAGCAGCUCUUACAAAGGCUGAGGAGAGACAUGGGAGCAUUGAGGAGCGUUUAAGACAAUUGGAGAGUCAACUGGAAGAGAAAAAUCAGGAGCUUGGGAGGGCACGUCAGAGAGAAAAGAUGAACGAAGAGCACAACAAGCGUCUGUCAGACACUGUGGACCGACUGCUGUCAGAGUCAAAUGAAAGACUCCAGCUCCACCUCAAGGAACGAAUGGCAGCUCUGGAAGAUAAAAAUACAUUAAUACAAGAAGUAGACUGUACAAGAAAGCAGCUCGAAGAAUAUCAUCUGGAUAAGGAGAGGCUGGCAAAUGAAAUCAACAAAUUGAGAGAAGAGGUGGACCAGCUGAAUCUCAGAGCAGGUGUUUUUGUAGAAAGUGUGCAUCCACGAUCUCACUUGGACAGUACCACCGAUCUGAUGUUCCCCCUCAGUACAGUCGUGGACUCUGCAUCUGAACACUACGGAUCACCCACAGUGUUACGUCGAGCUCAGAAAGGGCGAUUUUCACUGCGAGAUGAACCUAUAAAGGUCGAAACUCUCAAUCAGCAGGACUGGGAGCGAGCUCAGCAAGCAAAUGUCCUGACCAACGUGGCACACGCAUUUGAUAGUGACCCUGAAAUGUCCGACAUUAAUGAUGAGGAUGGCAAAACAAUCCUCAGCUCCACGGACUUGCUUUCACCAAGUGGACACUCAGACGCUCAGACUCUGGCUAUGAUGCUGCAGGAACAGCUCGACGCUAUCAACAACGAGAUCAGAAUGAUCCAAGAAGAGAAAGAGUCCACGGAGCAGCGAGCUGAGGAGAUUGAGCAUCGUGUGUCAAGUGGAAGCAUGGAUGGGCUGAAUUUAACCCGAAUUCGAGCUGGGACCUCCAUCCCAAAUUCCCUCACGGCCCUGUCUCUCGCCAGUUCCUCGCCACCACUUAGUGGCCGCUCCACACCCAAACUCACUCCACGUAGCUCUGCCCAUGAACUGGACCGGAUGGGCAUCAUGACACUGCCUAGUGACUUAAGGAAACACCGACGGAAGUCUCCAGCGACAAGAGACGACAGCCGUGAAGAUAAAACCACAAUCAAAUGUGAAACGUCACCUCCCUCCUCACCCAGGACCAUGAGACUGGAGAAGCUGGCACACUCCCUGCAGUCAACCAGUCAGGAAGAAGGCCGAGGCACUUUAACUGCAGAGGAGCAGGCCAGCAAUCCCAGCAGCAGUAACAGUAGCCAGGACUCGCUGCAUAAAGGCUUAAGGAAGAAAGGCAUCAAAUCAUCCAUCGGCCGUUUAUUUGGCAAAAAGGAGAAGGGACGGCUGGGCCAGUUCAGCAAGGACAUCACAUCAGGGCACGGUUAUGGAUAUUUGGGUGGCAUAUUAGAUGCAGACAUGAACAUCCAGGACUCACUGAGCCUGAGCAAGCUGGGAACGCAAGCAGAGAGGGACCGGAGACUGAAGAAAAAACAUGAGCUGCUGGAGGAUGCUAGAAGGAAGGGCAUACCAUUUGCACAAUGGGAUGGACCGACAGUUGUCUCAUGGCUGGAGCUGUGGGUGGGAAUGCCAGCCUGGUACGUAGCAGCCUGCCGAGCCAAUGUGAAGAGUGGUGCUAUCAUGUCUGCCUUGUCUGACACAGAGAUACAGAGGGAGAUUGGAAUCAGCAAUCCCCUUCAUCGAUUGAAGCUCCGACUUGCAAUACAGGAGAUGGUCUCAUUAACAAGUCCUUCAGCACCACCUACUUCAAGAACGUCGUCUGGAAAUGUCUGGUUGACUCAUGAGGAAAUGGAAAAUAUGGCAGCGAUGGCAAAAACGGGGGAUGAGGAGGGCAGUUGGGCUCAGACUUUGGCUUACGGAGACAUGAAUCAUGAGUGGAUUGGGAACGAAUGGCUUCCCAGCCUUGGGCUGCCUCAGUACCGCAGUUACUUCAUGGAGUGCUUGGUGGAUGCUCGGAUGCUAGACCACCUGACGAAGAAAGACCUCCGAAUGCAUCUGAAAAUGGUUGACAGCUUUCAUCGCACCUGUUUACAUUAUGGAAUCAUGUGUUUGAAGCGAUUGAACUAUGACAGGAAAGAACUAGAGCGCAGGAGAGAAGAAAGUCAACUGGAAAUUAAAGAUGUGCUGGUGUGGACUAAUGAUCAAGUAACUCACUGGGUUCAAUCGAUUGGGCUUCGAGACUAUGCAAGUAACAUUGUUGAAAGUGGGGUGCAUGGAGCAUUGGUUGCCCUGGAUGAAAAUUUUGAUUACAAUAGUCUGGCAUUGUUGUUACAAAUACCUACACAGAACACCCAGGCAAGACAAGUCUUGGAACGAGAAUUCAACAAUUUGUUGGCCUUAGGAACUGAGCGGCGAUUGGAUGAUGGUGACGAGAAAGGUUUCAGGCGUGCCCCAUCAUGGAGGAAACGCUUUCGACCACGUGGGGUUCCUGGCAUCACCAUGGUUGCUGGGUCUAUAAAACAAGUACCUGGGAGCUUCAGGGUGACAACCAUGGCUACCCAUCCCCCAUCACUACAGCAGAAGAAACUGCAGCCAGAAGUGCAUUCCCACUACCUGUAUGGACACAUGAUCGCUGCCUUUCGGGAUUAAUCCACUGCCAUCUCUGUGAGAUCAACCCUGGAAAUCAAAUGUACUUGCACAAUAAUUAGAAGGCACAGAUGGUUUGAAUGUACAUUGACAGUUUAUUUCAAAAGUUUAUUUCAGUUUUGAGAAAAAUGUUACUCUAUAAUUUUAUUGAUGUCGUAAUUACUUCCUUUCUGUAUUUAACCUUAAACAAACUGGCCGAGUGGCCUGACAAUCCAUUUUCAAGAGCUUUCAGUAGUAUAUGGUUCUGGUACAGUCGGUCACAUUUUAUAAUCACAAUACAAUCGCUAUUUUGUUGGUCAGAGCAGUUUUUCUUCAGAGUAUAAUAUCUGCUGUAUGUAUACAUCUGGCCAUGAAUUAAUGUUUUUUAAUGUAAAUGUAAACAUAUAUGGCUGACCGUGACAGCAUAUUUUAGAUAUUGAGGUUUAAAGUCUGUAGAUUAACCUGAAUUCUGUCUUAAUCGUUGACAUUGCUGCCAUUUUUACUCUGCCAAUAUCUGUCAAGGAUACCACCUUCUGUUCCUUUGAUCGAGCAAUUGUUCAUUUUUACGAAUGAAGUGUGCAAUUAUUUGUCUUGCCUUGUAAAUUUGUAGCAUAUAAAACAUGACUGAAGAGUGUGUCUAAUAAUUAUUUUGGACUAUUUGUGGAAACUACAGAUACUACGAAUGACACAUUGUCAUUAUGUGCAAGAAUCAAUUCUCAAUUUGACAUCAGUUCCCAGCACCGGAAACAUAACUCCACAAAACCUUUUUACAAAAGUUACUGACUGACUCCUGAUAUUCCUGCGGCCUGGUGUUCACACAGAGACUUACUGCCCUUUUAGCUUUUCAUAAUGAAGCCCACCCCAAGUCGCACAGGGGUGUUUGUGCACAAUAGGUUCUGAUCUUGCCAGUUAAUUUUCCAGAUGACAUACCCAAUGAGACACUUUGUCCCCCAUUAAUCUCUAAUUGUUGUAUUAUCUACAGACCUGGUUUCAAAAGACAAUGUUUUAAAUCGUGCAGCAGAAUUGUGAUGCUUUUGUUCAGAUGUUACAAAGCAGCCUCGUGCUCAAAGGGUUAAUGUUUCACUUUUUUAAAGAAAAUAAUAUUUUAAUAUUGACCGCAUUGGUUUUCAUCUCUUUGUGAUCUGGAUCACCCUGAAAGUGGUGAAAUUACGCUAGGAGCGGCUUCCAGAGUUUCAGGGUUUGAAGAAAAUUAACCUAUAAAAAAUCUUGCAUUGCAGCUUUUGUUAAAGCAACAUUCAAAAAUUAGCAUUUGCCAUUUCUCGCUGCCCUUAAAUGGUGUCCCCUACAUCGUGACAAUCUUGCUGUGAGAUGAAGAAACAAUGAGACAUACAAUCCUACCUUCCUGAUCAGAAACUACACUGUUUAAAGUGCCGACAGCCCAUGCAGCUCGCUAUUAUGUGACUGUGUUUCACAAUUACAACUGUUACCAUCAAAACAACACUUUUUUUCAAUCUAUCCAGAUAUUGCAUUCAGCCACAUUCCAUUAGGUGUGUUAAAUAAACUACUCUUUUUGUUUGGCUUAAACACUGCUGCUCACUGACAUUUCCCCUCUCGUUCCUUUGCCAAUUAUAUUACAUCUGUGUCCCCUGGUUACUGAUCCACCUCCCAAUGUAAGGUUUUGGGAAAAAACAAAUUGUCAGGUUUAGUUUUGUUGUCUGCUUGAAUACGGGAACAACAUCUGCUUCCAGUGGGUUGGAACCUCCCCAAGUCCUGGUUGACUCCCUCAUGAUGUCUGUCAGAGCUGCACAAUCUCCUGCCAUGUCUCCGAGGUCCCCUGGGUACAGGUCAUCCGUCCCAAGGGAUUGGUGGGUUUCAAGCCCAUUGAGUCCAAAAUCUCAGCUCCACUCCUGUUAAAGCCUUGGUGUUCAGUGUCCUCCCUGGUAAAAAAAAAACCUCCAGGAAAUAGUUAUUUAUUAUGUUUGCUAUCUGCUGCUCAUUCUCUUUUCAACCCUAUUCGGGAUUUGACACUUUCCCUGACUGCCCUCUUACUGUUAUGAAAAUUAGCACGUUGUUUGCAUUAGCUGCUGUGUCCCUAACCGGUUCUCUCUUGGCUUCCCUAAUCUCUUUCUAACCCCUCUCUGGACAGUCUUGUAUUCUGCCCAACGGUCGCCCUCUUCUUUCUCCCUACAAACUUUGUAAAUCUAUUUACCCAUUUUAGUACUUUUGUUUCAUUUCCACCUAUUGCACUCGGGUAUAUACUUGUGCUGUGUGCACUGCAGGAUAUUCUUUACGGACAUCCAUCUAUCUUCAACUGAUUUGUCCUUGACCUCAAUGUCUCUGAGCUCAGCUCUCACACCCCUGAAGUUUGCCUUCCCUAAAGUUGUACACCAGAGUUUGAUUGGGUGCUGGCGUUGUUUCCCAAGUUAAACUAAAUUGAGCCACUAGUGGAUCAACUACAGGACUUCCACUUCCUGAAUAGUGCCACUCUAUCCACAUACCUCUCGAUGGGCCAGCUGGACUGGCUCUUCUGCGCUGUAACUUUCUAUGAUUCCCGGACAUGGAAACAGAGAGAGAGAGAGGCAAUGAAUACAAUUUGGGAAGAUCAGACAAUAGGGGAUUUGGGAAGAUCAGAUACUGUAGUUGAUCCACUGAAUGUGGAUAUAGAAUCCCCUUUUAUCUGA